AUGCCGCCCCAGGGUGCCCAGGAGCCGUGGCCCAGCGCUUCUAUCCGCCCCAAUCGCCAGCCCGAGUCUUAUGAGACAUUUCAAGAUAUGCUGAACGACGGACAAAGCGAAGAGGAAGCCACGCAUUGCGCGCCUGACUACAAUUCUGCCGUGUCUAGUAGGUCGACUCACCAUUCCGCUCAGAGCUCUCAGUACCACACUGGCGCGAGCUCCAUCUCUUCACACAGCGACAGCGUCGAUCAGGUGGCCGGGUACAGGCAGCGGUCAUACGGCCAGCCUCCAACAAUCUCCUACGGAGGAUGUAUGGACCAUCAUGACCCAAGUCAGAUCCGAGACUAUCGGGGGUUCGGCUUAUACCCCGGUACCAACGUCUCGGAGUCCAGUGUUGCCGCGCAGAACUUGGUUGACAUCAGCCACGCUCAGCUUGACCCAUGGGAGGCAGACUCCACCAAGCGACACUUGGCUCGCCAUGAGCACUCCAAUCGUGCGGACUGGCUUGGUCGUGACCCUUUCGUCAUGUCCCCUAGUCAGCAGCGCAGUAACAACGCUCACCUGCCCACGUUGGCUGACAUUGUCCACCGCCGAGGGGACGUCAAGGAGGAACCAAAUUCGGACGGGGACGAUGAUCAGUACUGCCAGCAGUACGAAACCGGCCCCUUCCAUCAUCAUAAGUAG